ACAGAAUCUACAAUGAUCCGAAUUCUAUUCCACAGCUAAACAACACCAGCUAAGGGAACAACAACUGGGAUAAAAGGGAAAGACACCAGAGAAUUGAAGGAGUGAAGGGCCUAUAAAAAAAAGCAGGGGAAGAACAGGGUUAGCAACGGAGAAAGAAAAGGGGAAAUGGGCAUUUUGUAUCAGGAUAUUGUGGUGAUUAGUCCGCCGGCGAACGCCGGUGAUUCGACGAUGAUCACUGUGAAUUGUCCCGACAAGACGGGGUUGGGAUGUGAUUUGUGCAGGGUUAUACUCCGGUUUGGAUUGAGCAUUUGCAAAGGAGAUUUUUCCACAGAUGGAAAAUGGUGCUAUAUAGUGCUUUGGGUUGUUGGUAAAACCAACAUUAGGUGGGAUUUGUUGGAGAAGAGGCUUGUGGAGGUGUGUCCAUCACAUUACUCGACAUCUGGAAUCUACUAUUAUCGUCCUGAAAACCAGGAGCCUAAGUCGCCAGAUGUUUUUCUUUUGAAGUUUUGGUGUUCUUGUUAUAGAAAAGGCCUAUUGCAUGAUGUAACGCAGGUUCUUUGUGAUCUGGAGCUUACAAUAAGGAGAGUAAAGGUAUCCACUACUCCAGAUGGGAAAGUCAUGGACCUCUUUUUCGUCACAGAUACCAGGGAACUUCUCCACACAAAAGAACGACGGAAUGAAACAAUUCAUUGCUUGAGAACUGAACUUGGUGAUACCUUGCAAAGUUGUGAGAUUGAAUCAGCUGGUGCAGAAGUGACUGCAUGUUCACAAGGCACUUCAUUUCUUCCAUCUGCAAUUGCAGAUGAAAUGUUCAGUUUAGAGGCACCUGCUCUCAGCGGAUUACUUGCUUCAAACUCCAUAUCCAUUGCGGUAGACAACUCAUUGAGCCCCUCCCACACACUUAUCCAGAUCCACUGCAAGGACCACAAAGGUCUAAUUUACGAUGUCAUGAGAACAUUGAAGGAUUACAAUAUCCAGGUUUCUUAUGGACGAUUCUUUGCAUCCCCAAAAGGAAACUCUGAGUUGGACUUGUUCAUAGUACAAGCAGAUGGGAAGAAGAUUGUUGACCCUAAUAAGCGAAAUGCAUUAUGCUCUCGCCUGAGAAUGGAGCUGUGGCAUCCUCUUAGAGUGGCUGUGGUGAGCAGAGGCCCUGACACAGAGCUACUGGUUGCAAACCCUGUUGAGUUGUCUGGUAGAGGCAGGCCCCUUGUUUUUUAUGACAUUACUCUUGCACUCAAGAAUCUCAACACACAUAUAUUUUCGGCUGAGAUUACUAGGCACAUGAUCCGUGAUCGUGAAUGGGAGGUUUAUAGGAUCCUACUGGAAGAAGGAAAUGGUCAUCCCGUACCAAGAAACAAGAUUGAAGAAGGUGUAAGAAAGAUGCUGAUGGGAUGGGAAUAGAGCUGGAUACUGAUCCUGAUUACGGCCUUAAGCUACUUAGUACUUACAGCCUGUACAGGAUAUCUUUCUUUCAGUCUCUUCUGCAGGCUAGGCACUAACUAAGAUACUUUAGGAAAUGUGAAUCGUUAGUCCUCUCGCAAGAAAUGAUAUUUCAUUGCCGUUUCAAGCUCCUCUUAUCAUGCAUUAAUUUCUUUACGCAUAAUAAAAGUUUAGGAUGAAG